UCUCAGGUGCAAAUAAUGCAGCGCGCUGAGAAAGUGAGUGGGUGAUCUUGAGUAUAUAAAGCCAAAUUCAUGAUGAUGAGAUAUCAAACAACCACCAGCGACUGAACAAGAAACACUCAGUCGUUUGCACCAUGAAGCUCUUUAUUAUCGCUGCGGUGAUCUCCGUCGCCAUCAGCCAGGCUUAUGGCGGAUUUAGCGGAGGCGGCGGUGGCGGAUAUGGUGGCGGCGGCUACGGCGGCGGUGGUUUUGGAUCCGGCGGCGGCGGACAUGGAGGCUGGUCCGGAGGUGGCGGUGGACGCGGCUGGUCCGGUGGUUCAGGAGGUGGCUUUGGAGGCGGCGCCCCGCAGAUCGCUAAGGUGAUCAUUGUCAAGAGCGGUGGAGGCGGUGGAUUUGGAUCCGGCGGCGGCGGAUACGGAGGUGGUGGCUACGGAGGCGGCAGCCGCGGCUGGAGCGCCGGAGGCGGUAGCGGCGGAUACGGAGGCGGCAGCCGCGGCUGGAGCCUGGGAGGCGGCUCUGGACUUGGAGGUGGCUCCGGAGGCUGGAAGAUCGGCGGAGGAGGCCUUAGCGGCGGAUUCGGAGGUGGCUCCGGAGGAUGGAAGCAGGGAGGCGGCGGCAGCGGCUGGAGCCUUGGAGGCGGCAGCGGCGGAUACGGAAGCGGCGGAUACGGAGGCGGCUCCAGCGGCUGGCAGCCGGCCGGUCGCGGAUUCGGCGGUGGCAGUAUCGGAGGCGGAUAUGGCGGCGGUAGCAUCGGCGGAGGUCACGGCGGCUGGUCCGGCGGCGGCUCUGGUGGAUACGGAGGCGGCAGCAUCGGAGGAGGCUCCAAAGGCUGGUGGUAAACGCAACAGGAUGCUUUAACGCGGUCAAAUAUUCCUUACCAACACCAAUGGAAAAUGAACAUACACCGCCUGCGUUGAGUUUGCUUCAGCCAAGCGAUUGUAUACCAAAAAUGUUUUAAUGAUCCCAACUGCACAAAUGAAAAUAAAGCAUAUGUUUGUAGAAUA